UCCGCGUUCGAUAUGCACCAGGUGUCAAGCGCCGAAUAGUUGAUAAACUCAGACAUGUUACCAGGGACCCCGUUUAGUGAUCCCCCACUCUUCGCCACCACUUUAUCGCUGUCUCUCUGAUGUCUUUAGACGCCUCUGAUGCCAAUCACCAUAGCGGGUGCCUUUCUCUAAGACGCUUGUUCAAGUUGAAACUUCAACGCGUACCUAAUAAGAGUUUCACAAAACAAGCGAACUCAUCCCAUAUAUGUGAUCAGACGCGAAAGGCGUCUGAUUCAGAAAGGGACGCUGAUAUCACUGAUCUGACCUCUCGCGUGUUUUACGAUACGUGCUGUGACUUUGGAAGCAGCAAAUUCAGUACUGUAGCAUACCAGUGGGAGGCUCCUCCCGUUUAUUCAGACCCGCCUUCUCCUAAUGAUUCUAUAUGUGGAGAAAUAAGGCACACGAUCGAAACUAUGAUCGACACACUCGAUUCAUCCCUACGAUUACUCAGUCUCCAAAUUCACAGCCACCCAGAAUUGAUGUUUGAAGAAAUAUUUGCUCACAAACUUCUAUCUGAUUACAUGGAAAGCCACGGGUUUUCUGUGACGAGGCAUUAUCUCGGCCUCAAGACUGCUUGGAAGGCUGAAUAUACCCACGGACAGGGAGGCAGAACCAUUGGGAUUAACUCGGAGAUGGAUGCGUUACCUGAGAUUGGGCAUGCAUGUGGCCACAACCUCAUUGCAAUCAGUGGAGUAGGUGUGGCAUUAGCCAUCAAAUCCGUACUGGAAACCUACGACGUUCCUGGCACUGUCGUUCUUCUAGGAACCCCAGCUGAAGAAGGCGGUGGAGGAAAGAUCAUCCUGCUUGAGCGGGGGGCCUACAAAGGGAUGGAUGCUUGUUUAAUGUGUCAUCCUUCCCCUGGUCCCGAGCUGUCUUCGUUUGUGGUAUCUUCGUUGGCGAUGCAAUCUAUAGAUGCCGAAUUCUUCGGGAAAUCUGCUCAUGCUGGAGAUGCUCCAUGGGAAGGUGCCAACGCACUUGAUGCUGCGUUCUUAGCAUACUCCAGCGUCUCCGUGUUACGACAGCAGAUCAAACCUGACCACAGAGUAAACGGCGUCAUAAAUGGCAGCGAGAGAGCUGCGAAUGUGAUCCCUGACUAUGCCAAAAUGAGGUGGUAUGUCCGAGCGCCGACGCGAGACCAGUUAACGCGACUGACAGAGAGAGUGUCCGCCUGUUUUGAGGGUGCCGCGUUGGCAACUUCCUGCCGUCUCAAAAUCACAAAGAACACGCCCUAUUACGAUUUACGGCAGAACAGCAUCCUUGCAGCUGCCUUCUCUCAUGCGAUAUCUCAAGAAUGUGGGAGUGUCGGGCAAUACCCUUCAGGGGCAUCCACAGAUUUUGGUAAUGUUUCAUACGUCUUGCCUUCGCUACAUCCAGCUUUUGCCAUCCCUACGCAGCCCAAUGGGGGAAAUCAUUCGCCAGCAUUCGCUGAUUCUGCGCGAACCGCGGAAGCCCACAAAGCAUGUAUGAUUACCACCAAGGCUUUGGCGUGUACCGGUUUCCGUGUGCUGGCAGACAAAGUUUUUUUCAUGCAGGUACGAGAGGCCUUCGAGGCCAGCAUGUGAUGCAAUCCAUAACGGAGAGCUUAUAGGAGUGUGUAUAUUUUGUAUGUUUAGCAUGAUCAUGAGAUUCAGAGAUAGGUAACUACCGCACCAGGUGUGCACUUUAUAUAUGUAGAGCAUCUCAGAGAUUCAUCGUAG